GCCAUGAAAGGGUUUCUUGUUGGGUCUCUCCCAGCUCACUGUGACUGGCCUGUCCCUGCACGGGGGGGAGGAGGCUCACUCGGUCAAUAAGGAGACUUUUUCUGCUCGCUCCGUGCAGUGUUACCGGGACCGACACGAUGAUUCGCAGCGUCCUAGUUACCGGCUCCAACCGCGGCAUCGGGCUGGAGCUUAUCAAGAAAUUUACCGCUAAACCUCAGUCCCCAGAGAAGAUCUUCGCAACGUGCAGGGAUCCAGAUGGCCCCCGGAGUGAGGAGCUAAGAAAUAUAGCUUCCAAGCAUAGCAAUAUUGUGCUACUUCCUUUGGAUGCCACUAAUGCAGACAGUGUGAAAGAAGCGGUGAUAGAAGUGGAAAAACAUCUGAAUGGUUCCGGGUUAAAUCUGCUAAUAAACAAUGCCGGUGUGAUGUCACGAAUAAAUCUAGACAAGGUCGAUGCGGAUGACAUGAUUGACACGUUCAAGACGAAUGUGGUUGGGCCCAUGCAAGUAAGCCAGGCUUUUUAUCCAUUGCUGAAAAAAGCUGCAGAAAACAAUGCACACGAACCAUUAACCUGCAAGAGGGCGGCUCUAGUCAAUAUUUCUUCUGUGCUGGGAUCUAUCGAACGAACCUCCGUGACCUUUGAUUUUGCAAAACAAGUCAUCUCCUAUCGGAUCAGCAAGGCAGCUCUGAAUAUGCUCACUCGUUUGCAAGCAGAAUCCUAUAGAAGUGAUGGUAUUCUGUGCACAGCUCUUCACCCAGGCUGGGUUAAAACAGAAAUGGGAACAGAGCGGGCUCCUCUGACACCUGAUCAAAGUACAACUGGAAUUAUGGAAGUUCUUAGUUCUCUUUCUGAGAAGCAAAAUGGUAUUCUAUUAGCCUGGGAUGGUAGUGUAAUUCCUUGGUGACACAGUCAAGAUUUAUUGGCCACCAACCCGUGACCUCUCUAGAGUAAAUCAUUUGAAAAUAAAAACUAUAUUAAAGGGACUAACAUUUAAAAAUCAAAUUUCAACUAGAAUUAAAAAAAGCGAGAAUAGUGGCUCUUUAACUCCUUGGGGACGGAGGGUUUUUCCGUUUUUGCACUUUCGUUUUUUUCCUCCUUACCCUUUUAAAAAUCCUAACCCUUUCAAUUUUGCACCUAAAAGUCCAUAUGAUUGCUUAUUUUUUGCGCCACCAAUUCUACUUUGUAAUGAAAUCAGUAAUUUUACCCAAAAAUCUACGGCAAAACGGAAAAAAAAAAUCAUUGUGUGACAAAAUUGAAGAAAAAACGCCAUUUUGUAACUUUUGGGGGCUUCCGUUUCUAUGCAGUACAUUUUUAGGUAAAAAUUACACCUUAUUAUUCUGUAGGUCCAUACGAUUAAAAUGAUACCCUACUUAUAUAGGUUUGAUUUUGUCGUACUUCUGGAAAAAAAUCAUAACUACAUGCAGGAAAAUGUAUAUGUUAAAAAUCUUCUGACCCCUAUUUUUUAUUAUUUACUUUUUUAUUUUUCCGUGUACGGGGCGGCAUGAGGGCUCACUUUUUGCGCCGUGAGUUUUUAGCAAUACCAUUUUUGUAUUGAUUGGACUUUUUGAUCGCUUUUUUAUUCAUUUUUUCAUGAUAUAAAAAGUGACCAAAAAUACGCUAUUUUGGACUCUGGAAUUUUUUUGCGCAUACGCCAUUGACCGUGCGGUUUAAUUAACGAUAUUUUUAUAAUUCGGACAUUUCCGCACGCGACGAUAUCACAUAUCUUUAGUUUUAUUUACAUUUAUUUAUUUUUUUUAUGGGAAAAGGGGGGGGGGGGUGAUUCAAACUUCUAUUAGGGAAGGGGUUAAAUAACACUGCACUCACUGAUCUUUUACAUUGAUCAAUGGUUUCUUAUAGGAAACCAUUGAUCAAUGAUUCUGCCGCUUGACUGCUCAUGCCUGGAUCUAUUAGCCACGGGUCCCGCAGGGUGGCCCUGCGUUAUAGACAGGGAGUGGGCGGAGGGUGUACAGGUACGCCCUCCGUCCCCAACAGGUUAAGGGGGUACUCCGGGCCCUAAGACAUCUUAUCCAUUGGAUAGGGGAUAAGAUGUCUGAUCGCGGUGGUCCUGCCACUGGGGACCCCCACUAUCUUGCAUGCAGCACCCACCUCUGAGUCUGCUGGGUCACAACUACGGGGCCGAAGUAUCGUGACGUCACACGGGAGCGUAGUCGUGACGUCCCCAUACUCCGGCCCCGUACUCGUGACCCGGCAGACUCAUAGGCUGCAGCGCUGCGUGCAGCUCCCAGAAGUUGGUGCUGCAUGCGAGAUAGUGGGGGUCCCCAGUGGCGGGACCACAGCGAUCAGACAUCAUAUGCCCUAUCCUUUGGAUAGGGGAUAAGAUGUCUUAGGGCUGGAGUACCCCUUUAAGUCAUGUAAACUAUGUCCUGCCCUUGUUAGUACAGCAGAGAGGAUUUGCCAGAGAGGGGGUUAACCAGGAUUAGAAAAAAAAUAUUUAUUCUAAAAACACACCUGUACUCAGGUUGUAUGUGGUUUUGCAGGUCAGUUCCAUUGAAGUGAAUGGAGCCAAAUUAUAAUACCACACACAAUAUUAGGACAUGUGUGGCGCUGUUUUUGGCAUGAAUUAGCUCUGCUUUCUAUUCCUGGAUAUCCCCUUUAAUGCUGUCAGAUCAUCUGUCAGACCAGCUGUUAGGGGCAACAACUCUAGGCACUGCACCUACCCCAUGAGCAAUCUAACUUGUAUCAUGUAAAAAGCCGCAAAGACUUCUUGCCCCCUGUCUGUCUAGGCCAUAUUUAUUUAGUCCUGUGAAGAGCACAAUAGACCUUUCAUUUAUUCCAGCCCUCCACCCACUAUGAUAAGCAGGCUACCUUACAGCAAGAGUAAUCAAUAGCCUUGAUAUUCAGGAUUUUAAAACCUGACUGUUUAGAACUAGAAUAUUUGGUGUUGAAUUUUUUAAAUGAUGAUGAUUUUUUUUUAUUUUUCAUGAAUACUCCGUAAAAAAAUACCCCUUUUGUGGAGAAAGUGUCCUUUUUAAUCAUGAAGACAGUAGUAUGUGUAUGAUUGUUUUUUGAUUUGCCCUCAGGCUUACAUUUGCAUAAAUACAUAGUGUUGUGUAGGAUAAUUGUAAAAUACAACGGAAUGAAAUUGAGAGGUAGAUGCAUAAAUAAAAUCAAUAAAACCUAAUAUCUUUACUUCAAUGUGUGAAU